UUGGCGAACCACCGCCUACCGCUGCUGGCUGAAGUCACCAGAAUCAAGCCGUGUGGUGUGUCUCCAAGCUCUCGGUCAUGGCAGAGCUAGGUGGUAAACGCAACCGAUUCCUCAUGAAGAACCCAGAGAACGGAGAUCUUAACCAGUACUGGUACUCGAAGGCGACAAUUGACGCUAUUGUAGCGGAAGUGGGGGAGUUUGGAUCUGGCGGUACCGCGUUUCUGUCCACCCCGAGCAUAUACUUCUCCUUGGACAGGGAUCUCAGGGCGAAAUGCAAGGUUUUCGACCUUGACACCAAGUGGGCGAAAGACCCCGGUUUCGUGCUAUAUGACUAUACCAAGCCUCAAGACAUCCCGGAAACGUUACGGGGUACAUUCGACAUGGUCGUUGUCGACCCUCCGUUCGUCACCAGACAGGUGUGGGAGAGCUACACGGCCGCGACGAAACUGCUACUGCGGCCGGGGGGUGCCAGGCUCGUCUUGUGUAGCACGAUAUUGGAGAACGCACCGUUCAUGGAGGAACUGCUUGGAGCAAGCCCGUGCGAGUUCAAGCCGUCCAUACCGAACCUUGUGUACCAGUAUUCGCUUUACGUCAACUACGACUCCAAGAGGCUUGCAUCAUGCAACCCGGAGAUACCAUCAGAGGCGUGAUGAUGGGUGCCAACAAAAAUUUGCGCGGAGAACUGGCUUCUUUAGUACCACCAAUCACCUGUACCGGCAGUGUGCUCUUGCAGACGAAUUUUUAUGUUGUUCGUUUUGU